AUGUCGAACAUGUCGCUCUAUGGCAGCAUGAGGCAUGGCCUUGAGCAUGCUACGUACCGACAGCUUGCAAUUGGCGUUGCGGGUGGUGCUUUUGUGCUUUGGGUUUUGGGGAAGGUGCUGAGGGAGGUGUCGCAUUUGUUGUUUCCAAAUGUCAUCCCCGGCGAACCCAACACGCCCCUCCUCGCCACGCCUCGCCCAAACAAAGACUCAGCCACCGCCGAAGACCUCAAAACCACUCGACGAUACGACUACAUCAUCAUUGGUGGCGGAACCGCUGGAUGCGUACUCGCCAACCGCCUGACAGAAGACCCCAACACCACCGUCCUCGUCAUCGAAGCAGGCCACUCCGACUUGAAGCAGAUCUUCUCCCGCAUCCCAGCAGGUUUCGGGCGUCUGUUCAGUACAGCAGCCGACUGGGCUUUCUACACCAAAAAAGACACGGGCUGCAAUGAUCGUCAACUGUUCUGGCCGAGAGGCAAGAUGCUUGGUGGGUGUAGCGCUAUCAAUGCUAUGAUCUAUAACAAGGGAGCUGCUGAAGACUAUGAUGAGUGGGAGAGGCUUGGGAACAAGGGCUGGGGAUGGUAUAAUGUUGAGGAGUAUUCGAGGAAGGCGGAGGGUUUCCAGCAAAGUCCGAGGUCGAAGCUGAGUGCUGAGGAUUUGGUCGAUCAUGGUCGCAGUGGACCUUGGCAGACUGGGUAUUGUAUUAUGGCGCCGCUUUGCGGUGUCUUUCUGGAUGCGUGUGAGGCGGUGGGGAUUCCUAAGAUUGCCGACUUCAACUCGAGGAAGGGGAUGUUGGGAGCUUCGCAGUUCCAGACGUUCAUUGAUUCGAAGGGUCAGCGGUCGAGCACGGCGGUGGCCUAUCUGACGAAGGACGUUGCCAGCCGAUCGAACUUGAGCAUUGCUACUGGACAGAUCGUGACGAAGAUCGUCUUUGACAAGUCCGGUGCGAAGCCUCGCGCUGUUGGAAUCGAAAUGGGAUCUUCCAAGGCCAGCCCAAUUCGAUACGUUGUCAAGGCUAGGAAAGAGGUCAUCUUGUCCGCCGGAGCAGUCCAGUCUCCCCAGAUUCUCAAGCUCUCUGGAAUCGGCCCAGCAGCAGAACUCAAACAACACAACAUCCCCCUCAUCAAAGACCUCCUCGGCGUCGGCACCAACCUCGCCGACCACCUCUGCGGCAUCAUGGUCUUCGAAUCCCGCGAAAAAUCCCUCCAAUACCUCGUCGACACGGUCAAAGGCAUCCCACCCCUGAUCGAAUGGCUCCGCCACGGCACAGGCCCCAUGACAACCAACGUAGGCGAAGCAGGCUGCUUCCUCAACGUCGCCCAACGACCCGACUGCCCCCCCUCCCUGCAACACAACGACCUCUCCUCCCACCCCAACGCCCCCGAUCUCGAGCUCCUCGUCGGCGCACUCGCCUACAUCAACCACGGCAAGACUCUCGCCCCGGCUACCAAGGACUACUUCUCCAUCGGCCCUAUCAUGCUCCGCCCCGAAUCGCGCGGGAGCAUCACUCUCGCGUCCUCUUCCCCCUUCGACGCGCCCAUCAUCGACGCAAACUACCUCGCUACCCAACACGACCGCGACAUGAUGACGUACGGCAUGAAACUCGCCCGCGACGUCGCGGCUUCGGCACCGUUUAAGCAAGCGUUCGGAUCAUGGUACUGUCCUAAGAAUGUCGAGAAAAUGAGUGAUAACGAGUUACUAGAGACUGUGAGGGAUCAUGGCGAGACGAUUUAUCAUCCCAUGUGUACGAACAAGAUGGGAAAUGUAGAGGAUGAGACGGCCGUGGUGGAUGCGGAGUUGAAGGUUCAUGGGGUGGAGGGAUUGAGAGUGGUGGAUGCGAGUGUGUUCCCGAUGCCGGUGGCGUGUCAUCCGUGUGCGCCGGUUGUUAUGGUGGCGGAAAGGGCGGCGGAUCUUGUGAAGGGGAGGGGGACGAUUAAGGAGAUUCCUUAG